UAUAAAAAUGUCGAACUAAUGGCGGAAUCUUGUGCUUGGAUUGCCUCGUAUGCCGAGGGUAAAGGACGGAUCCUGGUUGCAACCAAGGAUAUUUAUCCAAACCAAACCGUUCUUACAGACUCAGCUUUACUCAGUCUCCCGGAUGGUUUACCCGUCUGCUUGGGUUGCCUGACUCCUGUGCAGUCCUCUUCUCCUCCCUGUCCGUCCUGCUCCUGGCUGUCCUGCUCCGAUCUCUGUCCUCAGGAGGAGAACCAUAGAUUAGAGUGCAAGAUACUAACCUCAGCAGGGUUGAGAGUAGAUAUCAAGGAGUUUGGGAAACCUAAUAUUUUGUACUCUGUUAUAGCGAUUUUAAAAACUCUUCUUUUUAAAGCAUGUUUAGCUGAGAACCCUGAGAAAUAUGAGAUUAUUGAAACCCUGAUGGAUCACUGGGAGGAGCGUAGAAAAGAUCUCCAGGUUGGAGGCAUGGUUAAGUAUAUCGGAGCUCUGAUCAGAAAACGUCUCGGCCUCCAGCACGUGUCAGAUGCCGAGGUUGAACACGUGUUCGGGGUUCUCAAGACAAACGGGGUUGGACAGGGGGCUGGCCGUGCCUGUUAUAUUUAUCCAAUAGUAUCUCUCAUGUCUCAUGCAUGUCGGUCCAACCUGGAGAUAGUUGGAACCCCUGGUACUCAGAUUCAGUUUAGAGCGAAAACACACAUUUUAGCAGGUGAAGAGUUAACCUGGAGCUACACCAGUGUUCUAGAUACCCGGAGUAGGAUUCGGGAGAGAUUAAAGGAAACCUGGAUGUUUGAAUGUACUUGUUCCAGAUGUUCGGAUCCAACAGAAUUUGGAACAUUUUUUUCUUCCACUAAGUGUGCAUGUGGAGGAUAUUUAGUUGAGAGAAAUGAGGGAAAUAUUUGUUUACUUUGUGGAGAUAAGGAGAAUACAAAUAUAGUCCAGGAAAGUGUUGAUCUAGUUGAGCAGAUACGAUUGUAUGGCUCAGAUGAGAUAAUCAAGUUGGUUGAGAGAUUAGAAUCCAAUUCUCAUUAUCAUCCUAGUCAUCAUAUAUACUCCAGGAUAACUAUGAGAUUACUAGAUACCUGCUUUCAGAGUUUAAAUGAAGAUCUGAUUUUAAAACUGAAGACGAGAGGAGAAAUUUUACUCCGAACCUUGGAAACCUUACUCGGAGAAAAUAGUAGACCUUACUCCCGAUAUAAAUCCAUCCUGGAGCUUAUUACGAACAAGCACAACAAAUCUUUAUAAUCAAAGAGUUAACAAAGGAAUGGAGUCUCUGCUGCCACAAACUCUGAUUUCUAAUCCCUGUAUCUUUGCAACCCAAUGCCGUAGACCUUAUAUAUUUCAAAAUAUGA